UAAUCUUGGAAAUGGCUAACAAAAAUGAUCCUGUCCAUGUUAAAAUGUGACAUCUGAGGAGAAAAUCCAUCAGUUUUGACAUAUUCUAAAUAACCAGAAGAGCCAAAUCACAGCAACAAACAAACAACAAGCUAACUGUUCGGGAAGGUAAAGUGGACUAUUAUGGGAAUCAACAUAGUUAACCGCAUACUUGCUAAGCUGACAAGACCUAAGAUUGUCUAAUAUAUCACAGGAACAUUUGAAAAGGAACUUAAUGCAGGAAGCAGGAAAACAUGGGGUAUGCUACACACACAGUGUGUGUGCUCCUGUGUUUUGGGGUCUCGGGACCAUGCUACACACUCCAGACCUUGGGCCCAUGUAUGGUCAACAGAGAGACGGCUGCAUUUGACUGCAGUGGGAAAAGACUUACAUCGGUACCAAAGCACAUCUGGAUGAAUGUAACCGAACUGGACCUGUCUGACAAUCUGUUAGACUCAACCCACAGUGACAGCUUCAAGCGCCUUAACCUCUUCAGUCACUUAGUCUCACUGAAUCUAUCAGGAAACUACCUCCCCCUACUGUUAAAAGACCAUCUCUACAGCCUUUCUUCUCUUAAAAUACUAGACCUGAGUAGGUGUAAACUGGCCGCAGUGGAGGCAAACGCUCUGGUCAAGCUUUCCAGUUUACAGAUGCUCCUCCUGGGGGACAUUCAGUCGACUGCAGUCAAAGACCUGAGAUUGAGUCAGUUUGUGGAACAGAAUAACAGACAGAAAGUGGGAGACAGAGGAAUGAUGAUCAAAGCAUCAAAGCACAUGGCACAGGAUGACCGCAAUGAUGGAUAUUCUAAGGAUGUCAACUAUGGAGCCUUCCUUCGUAAACUACUCACAGCGGAACCACCACCCUCAGACAAUACAAUUAAUGGCACAAAAACAGAGGAUGAUCCCAAAACAUCUUCAGAAAGCUGGAAGGUCCUUGUGGCUGUUCUGGGGUCAGCUAUCACCCUCUCUGUCCUUAUCGCUUUGAUGGCCAAAUGCAAAGUCGUGCACAAGUAUCUGGCGAGCUACAGACACUCCAGGCUCAGCGAAGUAGACGCCACGAGUCAGUGUGACACUGCAAACUUUGAGGUGGGAUUCUCGACCCAGGGUGGCCCUGGGACUCGCGCAGCUGCACCUACUCAUGACAUUGAGGAGGAUGACGAUGGGUUUAUUGAAGACAACUAUAUUCAAGCAAGUGAGAGUGAGAGAGCCACAAGAGCAGCAGCACUGACUGAUGAUGAUGAUGAUGAUGAUGAGGAGGAAGAGAUUGAAUUUAGUAUUGGCUAGCACUAUUAAGUCUAAUGUUGUUAAAUCCUAUUUAUAAUAACUUGCAUUAAGUAGUCAGUAACAAACAUUCAAUACUCCAUAAUCACUAAACUAUUCAUAUUACUUGUUUUGACAUAGAUGUCCAAAUAGUUUCUAG